AGGGCCUGUCUCUCCAGCUCAGGGAGCUGCCACCAGUCUUCACGUGAUAUCGCUGGGUAUGGCAUUGCUGCUGGUGUGAUUGUCUUGGAACAGUUAAUGUUUCCUUGGUGGGUUGUUCUUUCUCACUUCCUGCCUGUUCAGUGCUGGUACGUGUGAGGUUUCGUGUAGCCACGGUGAUCGGACUGACUCAGUGCCAGGGCCUCUUCACAUGGAGUCUGUCAGCAGCACCAUCCUGACAUUGUUGGUGACGAGCACAAUCCUACAUGUGGGCUCCCCAAGGCGGGGUUUUGGGGCUGACGAUGACACAGGUUCUGACUACGGUGGGCACUAUGGGCAGAGAGGGUGCAAGGACAUCUGCGAACCAGGCUUCGUACCAGUGGACAUCUCCGGUCUCUCUUGUAGCCGUGGACGCUGGUUCAAGUAUGGGACAAACAUCCCGACCCAGGACAUCGAGUGUCAAGAACUGCCACCAUUCAACGUGGUGAAUGUUUCUACCCCAGCGGACAGCAUCACCCUGUGGGGUCGCUUCAAAUCCUGUCCCAACAGCAGUGCUGACAAACUGAAUGUCUGGCUUCGCUGUAAAUGGUAUGAGAGUCACAAUUCACGCUGUAAAUCAGGCACGGAGGUCAUCAGCCAAAGUCAUCCCUACUGUAGCUCGGCUCUGCAUAACUGGACCUGCCAAAAUCUCAGGCCGUUCUCCCGGUACGACAUCCAGCUCUUUGUGAAUUACUCUCUUCCCAGCUCUGGCAGCUCUGGAUUUGGAUACAGCCAAAGACAGAUGCAAACUUUCGAGAAACCACUUCACACAUCGAGGGUAAACACCAGCCAAGCAGUGCCUGACAAACCCUGGUUGCUGACUGUGGACGUGGUCAAGGGGAGGAUUAGCUGGGAUCUACCGAAUUCAUGCCGUGCUCAAGUCCUUGGUUCUCAGAUAACCAUUGUUGGAUCGAGAGCCCACAAUGCCUCAUUCCCUUCUGAACAUGUGUUCACUUUCGAUACCAGUACAACACAGCUAAAAAAUUACACCUUCAUAUGUGCAACGAAAUACAACAUUAUUCUGCAAGCUGACAGCUCGGUGGGCUUGGGGAAUAAAGAAGAAGUGAUAAGGAUGACUGCAGCAAAAGAACCGCUUGUUCCUGAAAUUCAGAGUCGUGUUUCAGAAAUCACUGGCUCGACGGCUCGUAUCCAGUUCACACACUCACACAGAGAAUGCACUGCAGUGUCAUUUUACGAGGUGAUUGUUUCAUCAACAAGUUAUGAUUCACCUUCCAAUCGGGAAAGUUUGUGUCAGAAUAGGCAUCUACUUGCAUUCCAAGUGAAUCAUCCAUUCAACGACUACAUCAGUCUGCGCAUUCCCACUGCCAACGUCUCUGGAACAAUGACGUUGACCAUCGGAGAUGAUCAGACCAUUGGCAACUUCUGGAACAGACGUCUGGAGUCUGACCAGCAAUACACAGUCACGUUGCGAGUCGUCAGUGACUGGAGUCCGGAAGUGAAGUUUGUGUGUGCGUAUUAUGAACCGUUCUAUGUAUCAAGUGGAAAGGUUGCCGCAACCGUUACUGUUCUCUUCUUCAUCAGUCUGAUUUCGAUCCUGGUGGUCUUCCUGGUCUACAGGAGGAGACAGAAGCAGCCCAGGCAGGCCAGAGAACAAAUGGUCCGACCUUUGAUAAGGAAGAAAUCAGUGAUGAAAUCGGAGAUCAAUGUGUCCGACCUCCUGAAAUUCCUUAUGAAGAUGCGGCUGCUGGAUGAAGAAAGCAGUGGUGAAGAUGACAACACUGAUGAGCUAGCAAAGCAGUUCAGAAAUUUGUCAAAUUACCCGCUACAUGCCUGCACUGUUGCGAAAGAACCCCAGAACACAAGCAAGAACCGAUAUGCCACCAUUUUACCAUAUGACAACUCGCGCGUGGUGCUGAAGGGUCGCAGUAAUGGAUACAUCAAUGCCAGCUAUAUUGACGGUUUCAGAAGGCAAAGCCAUUACAUCGCAGCACAAGGGCCACUGGAGGAAACCGUUGACGAGUUCUGGCACAUGGUGUGGCAGGAAGGCUCCAGCAGGAUCGUCAUGCUAACCAGAGUCAGUGAGCAGGGGAAGUGUAAGUGUGAGCGAUACUGGCCGAAGGAGGGAAGCCAAACCUUCGGGGAGUUCACCAUCACCAAGAUCAGCGCCACGAGUCCCAGGAGCAAGGAGUUCACCAUCCGCAUCCUGGAGCUGCACAAGGCUGGAACCGCACCUGGGUCCGCCCGGAAAAUACACCAAUUCCAAUACCUACAGUGGCCUGAUCAUGGCACUCCCAGGAAUCCCAUUGGUAUCUACCGACUGCUGAAGGCUGUCAGUCAAAUUGACCAUCACACAGGGCCCCUGAUCAUCCACUGCAGUGCUGGUGUGGGUCGUACAGGAACCUUCAUCGCCAUCGACUACCUGCUGAAGAUGGCAGAGGAGGAAAGCAAGGUGGACGUUUUCCAGUGUGUCGAUCGGUUGCGGGGCAAGCGGCCAGGCAUGGUGCAGACCCUGGAGCAGUACCGAUUUAUCUAUUUUGUGCUUCUGGAAGCCCAGCUGUUUGGAGAUACGGCAAUUCCAGUGCCACAGUUCCAAGAGUGCCUGGGCACUCUGAUCGAGAAGUCCGGGCGUCCUGGUGCCAGCUGCAAAAGGGAGUUUGAGACACUGCAGACCUACUCACAGCUCUUCAGCUCACAUCGACACACAGAGGCCCUGCAGAUGUGUAACAUCACAAAGAACAGGUGCUCCAAAAUCCUGCCAGCGGAGCACGUUCGGCCCAGCCUGCUGUCCGUGAAGAACCCGAAUGGCAGCGCAGGCUACAUCAACGCUGUCUUUGCAGAGCGCCACGGACUGCGUGACCGUUUCAUCCUGACGCAGUUGCCGCUGUCGCACACCCUGGCUGACUUCUGGGCACUUGUCUACGACCAAAACAGUACCUCCAUCGUGAAUCUGAAUUGCCUGAAAGGACUCGACGAGUCCUACGUGCUGUUCUGGCCUGAGGAAGGGACUGCAAACUAUGGCCCAUUCCAGGUGGAGAUGCAGUCAGUCACCGUCUGCACAGAUGUAACCGAGAGACUCCUCAUCCUCCGCAAGCUCGGCCAGAAGUCUGCGCAUGAAGUCAAAGUUCUACAGCUAAACAGCUGGCCAAUGGGAGAGUCCGUCCCACGAUCCCCACAACCAAUCAUCAACAUUGACCAGCGAGUACAGACAUGGCAGAAACAAGGGCAGCUGUCCCCAGUGGUUGUCACCUGCUGGGAUGGAGCCAGCCGCUGUGGUCUUUACUGCACCGUCAGCAAUAUUUGUCAGCAAAUCCGGCAGUUCCAGUUGGUCGAUGUCUUCCAUUGCGCGAAGACCACCCGCAGCAGCCGGCCCCAGGCCGUCAUCAGUCUGGUAUUCUACGCAAGACUCGAACAGAAGAGGAACAUCCCGCUCCCUCCAGAUGAACCGAACCUGGUUGCAUCGAGAUUCAUCAUCACCGAGGAGGACGUUAGAAGGACCUUCCUGAAGAUAAAUCCAAGGAAGGCGACGGGCCCAGAUGGUGUCCCAGGACGGGUUCUCCAGGCCUGUGCAAGCAAGCGAGCUGGAGUGUUUGCUGUCAUCUUCAACUGCUCCUUGCUUCAGUCUAAGAUCCCCUCAUGUUUUAAGAAGGCAAUGAUAAUCCCAGUGCCGAAGAAGAGCAAGGUGACAUGCCUGAAUGACUAUCGACCUGUGGCUCUGACAUCAAUUGCUAUGAAGUGCUUUGAGCAACUGCUUAUGGCACACAUCAACCACAGCCUACCGGUCAACCUCAACGCUUUGUAAUUCGCCUACCGGAGCAACAGGUCAACGGCAGAUGCCAUCUCUCUGGCCCUACAUUCCUCCUUAGAACAUCUGGAGAAUAAAGACGCAUACGUAAGGUUCCUUUUCAUUGACUACAGCUCUGCCUUUAAUACCAUCAUUCGAAAUAAACUGAUUCCUAAGCUCCGGAACCUGGGCCUCAGCACUUGGAUCUGCAGCUGGAUCUUCAACUUCCUCAC